AUGCCUGAUCAGAUAUACAAUCGCAAGUACAAGAAGACCGAAGACGAAGCCAUCCCCGAGAGCUUGAUGCUCGGGCUAUAUUUUCAUGGGGAUGAGAAGCUGUUCGAUGCGGCAAAGAAGAAGGGCGAGGUCUUCAAAGUGACCAGCGAGGGCAGUGACGUCGCUUUCUGGGCCUUUUGCAAGUUUGUGGUAGGCAGCGAGGAUGGGAAGGAAAAUGCUCACAAGACGUCUGCCCACAAGAAGAUCACCAACAGCGACCUCGAUGCCUUGAAGAGUGCCUUUCGGACCCUCAAGUGGAACUUCAACUUCGAGACCGUGGACAACACGGUGGCCGAGGACGGUGGCCUUUCGGAGGAAGGCAUGAAGCUGCUCAAGCAGGCCAUCUCAGCUCUCGAGAAGUUGUCUCGCGAAAGCAAGGCUCUGAUCACAAGCUGGAGUGGCACCGCCGAGGCGAUCAAGGAGCUGAAGGCGGCAUACAGCAAGAGCUUGCAGACCUCUUCCCAGCUAUCCCACAUCCAGGACCUUGGCGCUUUCGCCGACGGCUCCCCGUUGACGAAGAAUGCAUUCUUCAGCUUCAUCAAGGAUGUGGCUGCCGAGAUGGAUGCUUUUAACAUAGUUUUCCAGAGAUGCAAGGGCGAGGCUAGGGCCCGAAAGGCCUGA